ACCUCUACCUCCCGCGGCUAUGUAUGGAAGUUAACCAACGAUUUACCACUGAUUUAUGGAUGGCUCCACGACUUGGGUGUCGCUCCUGUCCCCAGUUAAAAUAGCCAACUGGCGUGAACAAUGGCUUCAGUUGGAGCAUGCAUAUUCAUUCGAUGAAUCAGUUAUGCAAAGGACAAUGAGACGGAAGAAUUAGCGCGUCAAUACACAGAAGAAGAGAACACGAGUGAGAAGUUAGGUUACUGCCGCGUCUCUUCGGUGCAGUCCAUAAUAAGAAGCUAUGGCACUAGACUGUACAUCGCUGACAAAACUAACCCUUGUUUUAUGUGUGGCGGCCCGUGGCUUUCCCCCAGUGAGCGGCUGCAGCGAUGCCUACGGGAGGGCCAUUCCACCACUUAGCAGCUGCAGCGAUGCCUACGGGAGGGCCAUCUCUGACUUCUGUGUGACCAAGUUCACUCUGGACAUGGAGGACCUGGACCAGAGCCUGUGGUGCAGCUGGUCCGACACUUUUCAGCCUUACGAGGAACUGACCAACUGCACCUAUUCUGUGGCACAUAAGAUGCACUGCUUCUGGCCCAAUCAGCAGAUAGACGAACUCUUCAUACGCCUCCACCGGGACUACUUUCACGACUGUGCUCUGACCGGCAGGCUGCUUCGGGACCCUCCUAUACGUAUCUUGGGGCCUUUCAUUGGACUGCCUGUGCUGGUCACUCUGCUCAUGACUGCCCUAGUGGUGUGGAGCGGUAAAUGCUGCCAGGGAAUCGUGUAACUGUCUCAUCCUGGGUGAAGGUGCCCCUGGGUACGGAAUACAGAUCUAGGAUCAGUUUGCCCUGCCAAAAUUCUAAACUGAAUCAUUAGCGGAGGAAACGCAAAACUGACCCAAGGCCAGCUUCUAGGGAUCAACCUGACCUCUUGGAGAACAAACUCCAGCUUAUCUGAUAGGGGAGACAUGAUGGAGGGGACACUGAACUGGGGCAAACGACAAGCAGAGAUACCCAACAGCAUACUAAGACUGUAAUCUUUCUGUGAUGGUUGUUGUUUGAUGGACACUGGCGGUAUGAGUGAAGGACCUCUCAGAAGCCUACUCUGAAACAAAGCAAAAGCUAUUUAAGAUUGUACUAUGGCUCAUCGAUAACCCUAGAAAUUCCAAUUGAAAACAUGCAUUGUAUUGUUGUAAACCACAAAGUGGCCAACCAAGAGAGGGCUAAUGUUGUGUAGGGCACGAAGGACAGAUAGUAAAUACCUCGUAUGUCCAAAUCAAUGCAACAACAUCUGUAAUGUAGCUUAGGACACCAGCCAAGUCUUUACAUGAACUGAAUAGAUGUAUAUAAAGGGCUUCACAGAAAAGGCUGUAUUUGAUCUAGACAGCCAUGCCCAGUAGCCACGGCCAGUAGCCACGCCCAGUAGCCACGGCCAGUAGCCACGCCCAGUAGCCACGCCCAGUAGCCACGCCUUUUAAACCCAACAAAACAGGAAUGAUCUUCAUCAGAACAUGUUGUUUUAUAUUCUACUGUUUCACAAUGGAUUACAGAGCCAUUACCACUGCAUGUACCUAUAGAUACAUGUGUCUGAUUAUUCAUUCAUUAUUAUCUAUUCAUGUGCAUUCUAAACAGAGAAAUAAACAACUACAAAUACUAAUAUGA